AUGUCCGAUGAAAAACACCCAACGAGAGCAGCAGCAUGCAACACUCCAACUUCCCAUGAUGACAACUACUUUGAUCUGUCGGUCCGCUCUUUGCCUGGUCCGCCGUUCCUGCUCCUCACCCUUGCGCCGCCGUCUACAACUUCUCAUGAGCCGCCUCGAUCUACGCCUUGGGAGAGGGCUAUGCAAGAUGGCGCGUUUACAAACUCAACCUCUCCUGCGGGUUCACCAGACAGAAAGAGAGUUGAGUCUUUAUACACUUCAACUACAAAAUUUAGCGUCGAUCCUCCACGGCCGCCUCGUGAGGGAUACGAGUAG